ACUCUAAAUUAAUGCUCACAUUUCAGGCUGGAAGUCCUAUUCAUGCCUAAAGAAAUAUAGAAAAGGAUUAAUUUAUUUGUUUUGUUUCAAAAAAAUAAAUGAUUUGUUUUGGAGUAGAAAAUAAAUGCAAUAGUAAUCAAUAUAUUGUUAUCACCGCAUAAUAAAGGGCAGUUCGGGGAGUGAAUUAUAUAUUAUUAUAAUUAUAAAUGUUGUGAAGAAACUGAGGCACUCAUGUGGGAAGCAAACAGGAGAUCAUCGCAUAGAUUUGAGAGCUCAUAAAGGAUCAAAGAGAGGUUGCUGGGCAAUACAUACUGUCCUUAUGUAUAUAUAGAAAGCAGAGAAAUAAGAGAAUAAAAAGCCUCUAGAGUCUCAAUACCCACAUAUAUAUAAGUAUAUAUAUAUAUAUCAUCGUCAUUAUCAAUAGUAAAAAUGGUUUCUAGGGAGCACAAGAGAUCAGCCGCAACUCUGCAUGAGAAGCUGCAGCUUCUUCGUUCUAUUACUAACUCUCAUGCUCUCAACAAAACCUCAAUCAUAGUGGACGCGUCAAAGUACAUUGAAGACUUAAAAGAAAAAGUCCAAAGAUUGAAUCAAGACAUGGAAAAUAAUGCACAAAUUACAUCUUCAAGUGAUCAUGACGAUUUUAAUGCAUUGCCUGUGCAGGUCUCGGUGAAAACCCUAGAUAAAGGGUUUAUGAUAAAUGUGCUUUCGGAAAAGAGUUGCCCAGGUUUGCUUGUGGCCGUUUUGGAAGCUUUUGAAGAUCUGGGUCUUAACGUGCUUGAAGCUAGGGUUUCCUGUGCUGACAGUUUCCACUUACAAGCAGUAGGAGGAGAAAAUGUAGAAGGUGAAAGCAGUAUGGAUGCUGAAGCUGUGAAGCAAGCCGUUAUGAUGUCGAUUAAGAAUUGGAGUGAAACCACUGAAAAUGAUUAAUGCAAAAUGACAUGGACACGGCAUAUAUUUAUAUAUAUAUAUAUAUAUAAUAUAAUAUUGAUCAACCUAAUCAACUUGAUCAAUAUCUAUAAUGAAUCAAUGUAUACAUAUAUAAACAUAUGUCUGGUUUAUCAUGUUAAUUUCUCUUUUGAUCGAUGAUCACCAUCACUUAA